UCUAUUCGUGAAAGGCUUAUUGAUCGUCGUUAUCAAGUUAUACUCGACAGUGGCAGAAGAUAAUCAAUGUAUUCAAACAUAACGCACUUUUACACAAGUAGACCUUAAAUUAAAAGUUUUAUCAGUUGCACGACUAAAAAUAACCUAAUUGAGAUACACUCUUGAUUGUCACUCUCUUAUUCGCGAAAUUCUGCUUCAAGACAGUCAGUCGUCUGUGGAUAAUCGAGAUGAGUGGAUGAAGACAGUGAUCAAUUUGGACAAAUUCUGCUUCAAGACAGUCAGUUGUCUGUUGACGAUUUAAAUGAGCGAAUGAAGUCAGCGAGUAAUUCAAGCGAUUUACUAGUUUGCUAAAACAAUCCGAAAAUGACAGCGUACGUGUGUGUCGAAGACUACGAGGAACAUGCUCUGAAACAUUUGCCUACUUCUGUGAGAGAUUACUAUAAAAGCGGCGCGGGGGCGGAGUACAGUGUAAAAUUAAACAAGGAGGCGUUUAACAAAUACAGAAUACGUCCCAGAUUUUUGCGGGACGUGUCCAAGAGGGAUAUAAGCACGACAGUGCUCGGUCAGAAAGUUUCAAUGCCUUUGGGAGUUGCACCCACCGCAAUGCAACGCAUGGCACACCCCGAUGGGGAAUGCGCUAGUGCAAGAGCUGCUCAGACAGCGGGAACGAUUUUCAUACUGUCGACGAUAUCGACGAGCAGCAUAGAAGAAGUGGCGGAAGCGGCGCCCAAUGCCAUAAAAUGGUUCCAACUCUAUAUUUAUCGCGAUAGGAGCGUUACUUUGAACUUAAUUAGACGCACUGAACGUUCCGGCUUCAAGGCAUUGGUCGUCACUGUCGAUGCGCCGAUAUUUGGUGAUAGACGCGCCGACGUGAAGAAUAAUUUUGCUUUGCCUAGCCACCUGAGGUUUGCGAAUUUCGAAGGUAAUUUGUCGCAACAAACAAGUUCCUCAAAAAACGGCUCUGCCAUUAAUAAAUACGUCGCCGAAUUGUUUGACCCCUCCAUUACUUGGGAAGAUAUAAAAUGGCUCAAAAGGAUUACAACACUGCCGAUUAUUCUCAAGGGAAUCCUAACGAUUGAAGAUGCACGAUUGGCUGUGGAAAUUGGGGUUGCUGGUAUUAUCGUGUCAAAUCAUGGUGCACGUCAGAUAGACGGUGUUCCAGCUACAAUCGAAGCUUUGCCGGAAAUAAGCAGAGGGGUGGGAGAUAAGGUCGAAGUCUAUAUGGACGGGGGAGUGAGGCAGGGUAUUGAUGUGUUUAAAGCCUUGGCACUGGGUGCAAAAAUGGUAUUCUUUGGCAGACCGAUGCUUUGGGGUCUGGCAUACGACGGUGAGAAAGGCGCCAAAGAGGUUCUCGAACUUAUGAAAAAAGAAAUUGACUUAGCUUUUACAUUGACUGGUUGUGCAUCUGUCAAGGAUGUUACACCAGAUAUGGUGAUUCAUGAAUCGUAUUAUUGCCGUCUGUAAAAAUAAAUUUUACUCAAUGUGAAAGUACUAUUAUUAAUUUUUAUUAAUUCUUGUAAAUUUAUAAACAUUCAUAUUAUAAAUUUUUAAU